AUUAACCUCACUUGUAAAUGUCAAAAUAUAAAGUAAUUGCUUUAUUUAACUGUAAUUGCUUGUAAAUUAAAUAAUUUGCACUCAUAGUCGUAAUAAUUUUAAGAAUUAUGUAUGGGCAGCAAGGAUAUGGCCAAGCCCCCCAAGGGGGUAUUAGUCCUGAGAUACAAAAUUGGUUUACCAUGGUGGAUAAGGACCGCUCAGGUCAGAUAAACUAUCAGGAACUAAAAUCAGCCCUUGUAAAUGGACAAGGCGAACAUUUUUCUGAUACAGCGUGUAAAUUAAUGAUUGGAAUGUUUGAUCCGAACAAAACUGGCAGCAUUGGAAUAAAUGAGUUUUCUCAGCUGUAUUAUUAUAUUAAUCAAUGGUUGGGCGUUUUUAAAACAUAUGAUCGAGAUCAGUCAGGUGGUAUAGAAGAAAAUGAACUUGCACAAGCUUUGCAACAAAUGGGUUUCCGUUUUUCCCCUGAUUUUAUAAAAUUUUUAAUACAGAAAAGUGAUUUGCAGAAUCAUAGGGUAAUGUCAGUUGACCAAUUUAUCGUGGUUUGUGUGCAAAUUCAGAGAUUUACUGAAGCAUUCCGUACAAAAGAUACAGAACAAAGAGGAAUGAUUACUAUUGGGUUUGAAGAAUUUCUUAACAUAGCAUUAAACUGUACAACAUAAUGUUUUAUAAAAAAUUUACUAGACAAAACUAAUAGCUUGGUUAAAUUUUUUUUUUUAAAUAAAUUUCACUAUUUUUAUGUAUUA